GCAGGCUAGGGUUAGGGUUAUGUUAGGGUUAGAGUUGAGAGAGUCAAAGAGCCUGGAGCUCCAGGGACACUGGGGCUCUGGAAAAGCCAUGCCAAGGCAAUUCCAGCAGGGCCCCAACAUUGCAGCUUCUACUCCUUUCUGAUCCGGACCACCACCACUGGUGAUGGCUUGGUCUGAGGACAGUCUCUGGGCUGAGACAGAAGUGGGACACCGUCUUUCCCCUCCCUACAGCACUCCAGGCACACGAGACUAGCUCAGUGCUGGCCCAGUUCUCUGAGAGAUAACAACAUUUGACAGUUUUAACAACAACUCUAGUGACUCUUGAUUGCAAAGAUUCAGUCUCACGGACCCAGACGGAUGAGACAAAAAACGAAUUUCUACACACGGCUUUAUCCAAAGGAACAGUUUCAGCUUCCUUGCUUUCAGAGCCCAGCUCCAGCCUCCAGUUUCUUGUUCCACCGUGCUGGUUUGUGCUCCUGAGCUCGCGUGUCCCCUGCGAGCGCCGCACACGGGCUCAUUUCUGCUUGGCAGCAGCGCUGCCGCUCACCAGGGGACGCCAGCGAGCCACUGCAGUCACUGCUCUGUGACACAAAAUCCGACACAGCCAAAGAUCGCUCCCGGACUAAAGCUGCCAGGACAGAGAGGAGCUGCGGGCCUCCACCUCCCCAGGACAGCCUGUCGCCUGCACCUGGAGCACUGGGGCUGCGUGUUUUCCUUCCUGUGGAAAAGAGCUGUCGUUCUCUUUCUAGAUCCCACCGCCGGAAUUUCGACUCCACCUCCAAAAUUGCAUGUAUCCAAGGGUUACUCCCAGGCAAGAGAGGUGGUGCUGGGGCACAGGUAGAAGUGCCCUGAAAUGGAGGGGAAUCACCUGAUUUAAGCCCUUAAAAUGAUAAAAAAGGGUGAAUUUCUUUCAGUUUAACCCCUUAAAAUGAGGGAAAAGGAGGGGUCUACCUUCACUUAAAUCAACCCUCAUGCUGUCACAGACUGUGCAGUAAACAUGCUUCCUCAAUAUCUCACUAUUUUCUGAACAAAACUGUACUGUCAGCAUGUAUUCUUUAUCAUUCUUCUAAGUGAUAACAGGGUUUAGUUCCUCCAGCAAAAUUAAAGCAUAGAACUUGUGCCAGUGAUCCUGUGAUCUUGAACUUUGAAGCAGAAAUGCUUGUAAAACAAUAAACAUCUACCCCUCUUUCAGAAAAACUUGACUAUUAAUGUGAAGGAGUUGCAGUGACUAUCUCCCUUUCUAUCUUUUCCUGGAUUGGAGAUGACCUCUGGAAUGGAAUGGAGCAUUUAGUUCAAUUUGUUUUGCUUCAGUAAUUUACAACAAACCUUUGAACAGUGAGAAUCUUGUUUAUUUCUGGACACCUGUUUCCAUUAAAGGCUUUUCCCAGACUAGCACGAAGACUACCACAAUCAGCCAUCCCAAAUCAUCUGGACAAAAUAUGAAACUCAUUGGCUUAGAUUUUUCUUUCUUCAUUCUCACCACCCUCACUGCUCUUCGGAACGCAGGAGCUCAAGACUCUUGCGCAAACCGAUGUGGGGAGCUGCUUGGUACCUGUUCUUGCCAGGUGACAUGCCAGUCUUUGGGGAUAUGCUGUCCUGAUUAUAAAGAAUUUUGUCUUCAGAUUUCUCCAUACUCGGGAUCUCUCAUGGGAGGCAAAGACUUUUUGAUUAACAACACAGCUUUUAAUGCCUCUUCUGUGGUAAAAUGCAGGUUCAAGCAGCAAAUCAUAACCAGUGGCUAUGUUGCCAAGGAUGGAAAAGCCCACUGCAUCUCCCCGUUGCUUUAUGAGACUGGUUUCAUCCCUUUUGAAGUUUCUACAGAUAAUGGGUUGACAUUUCCCUACUCUGGAACUUGGUUAUCAGUGCAUCACAGCAAAGUUUCAGAUGGAGAAAAAUGCACAUUGGUAAAUGAGACAAAAUGGCAAUACUAUGGCACCCCCAACACUGGUGGAAACUUAACUCUUACCUGGACACACCAGACACUUGCAGCAACCCAUGUCAACAUAGAAGUCUGGGGAUACCAGGAAACAGGUGACAGUUACUCGGAAAACUGGAUGGCUGAAUGGAAAUAUCUUUAUACUUUGGAAAGAGAAAUCCCCAAUACAGGGCAAUUUUCUUUCAUUCCUGUACCUGCUACAGGAAAUUACAAUACAUGGGACUUUGGACUUUUGAGGAUUAUACCCAGCAACUAUUUUGAUGGGCAGAGCAACAUUGCAUCAAUCUGGAGCUCAGAGCAUGCACUGGCUUGGCACCUUGAGAAAGACUUCAGAAAUGACUCAAAUGCAUGGGCAACUGCAAAAUGUAUAGAAUGGGACAAAAAGGAAGAGUUGCUUCCAAACUUCAUGAAAGAAAUUAUAGACUGCCCUUGCACUUUGGCACAGGCAAGAGCUGACACUGGCAGGUUCCAUACAGAUUAUGGCUGUGACAUUGAAAAGGGGAGUGUGUGUACUUAUCAUCCUGGUGCUGUGCAUUGCAUAAGAGCCAUUCAAGCCAGUCCCCAGUACGGGGCUGGACAGCAGUGCUGCUACGACUCCACGGGAACCCAAAUCCUCACGCACGACUCCACCGGAGGCAGCACACCUGAUCGAGGACAUGACUGGGGGUCACCACCAUUCCUGAAGCCUCCCCGGAUACCUGGCUUUUCCCAUUGGCUUUAUGAUGUUAUCAGCUUCUAUUACUGCUGCCUGUGGUCUGAUAAUUGUGACUUCUAUAUGAAAAGGCGGCCCUCUAGUGACUGCAGGACGUACCGCCCGCCCCGAGCUGCAUCUGCUUUUGGGGAUCCUCAUUUCCUCACAUUUGAUGGUCUGAACUUCACCUUCAACGGCCUAGGAGAAUACACAUUGGUAGAAUCUAAUCUCACAUCCCUUAGAGUGCAGGGGAGGACACAGCAGGCACACCUUCCCAAUGGAACUGGGGCUCAGGGGACCGGCUUGUCUGCGGUGGCCAUGCAGGAGAACAGCUCUGAUGUGAUUGAAGUACGCUACUCUGAGGAUUUGAAUCUGGAGGUCCUCUUGAACCAGAGGGUUCUCAGCUUCUCUGAACAAAGUUGGAUGGACUUGAAAGGUCUCUUUCUCUAUUCUACACCUGAUCAGAACAUCACUGUGAUGUUCUCUUCUGGGUCUGGAGUGGAAAUAAGGGGAAGUGGAGGAUUUCUGACCCUGACAGUUCUGCUCCCAGAGAAGUUUAUGAAUCACACUCAGGGUCUCUUUGGGGUAAUGAAUGGCAAUCCAGAGGAUGACUACACCUUCAAGAAUAAAACCACCAUGUCAGUUCAUGCAAGUCCCCAGCAGGUGUUUGAGUUUGGAGCUAACUGGGCUAUUGAAAAUGGAACUUCUCUCUUUACUUAUGACACAGAGUUCUUACUGAACAGUUUCUUUUAUGGGGAAAAGCACAAUGCUUCCUUUCUGCCCGUGUUUUCCCCUUAUGAAGACCCUACUGAUCCCCUGGUAGAAGAGAUGGUCUCACUCUGUGACUCUGACCCAUUCUGCAGAUUCGAUGUCCUGACAACAAGAAGCCUUCAAGUGGGAAAUUCCACAAGACUUUCCCAUCAGAAUCACAAGCUGCUGGUAGAACAUCUAGAGCCAGUGAUUUCUUGUGGCUGGCUGGAUCAUCCAACCAAUGGAAGCAAGAAUGGAACUAACUACCUGCUGGGCUCAACCAUCAAUUUCACCUGCAAUCCGGGCUAUGAACUCACUGGGUCACAGCAAAGAACUUGCCAAGUGUCAGGAGCCUGGUCAGGAGAUCCACCCCACUGCAGGCCAGAAACAGAUAUCAAACAAGUAAUUCUUAUUGGCAGUGUAUUUGGAGUAGUCGGUCUUGCAGUCCUGACACGUCUGGCUUAUUUAUGCAGAAAAGAGAGUGUCCGCAAGGAACAGAAUGCCUGAUAAAAUGGAAUGGAAAUUGAGUGAAUGGAAACACAAUGGGGUUACAGUCCUUGGAAAGAAGACUGUAUGUGUGAGGAAGAACUAAAUACUGCUGAACUUAUCAUUAAAAAAAAGAGCACACCACCAAGCUAACAGAACACCGCUAUUGUUUUUCAGUAUUUCAUCAGCUUAAAGAUGCUACAUUCACUAGGAAUUCAGCUCAAAGAAAGAAGAAUGUGGCAUAUUAUGCUGUGAUAUUAAAAUUUAUGUGUAAAGCCAUGCUACUA